CAAAAAGGAAAAGAAAAAAGAAAAGUUAUAUUAUUGUCUGAAAUUAAAAAUAAAAAACAAAUUAUGGUAAUCCUCAGCGUCCAUUACGCGUAUCCUUCCCUAUAUAAACCCGGGACCUCUGUUGCCAUCUUCAUCCAUUCAGAUCCACAAAUCAGUCAAUAGAGAAAAAAAAAAAAACAUCAAUCUCAAUCAAUUACAUUAAUCUUUAUUUUCCUUUUCAUCAAUUUGUAAGUUUUUAAAAUGGCCGAUGAAGUGAAUUACCACCACCACGAGACCAAGGCUGAUGAGGCCACUCCCAAGGCGGAGGAGUACGCUCCGGCGCAGGUGGAGGCCAGCGACCGCGGACUUUUUGGCUUCGGCGGUAAGAAAGAGGAGGAGAAGAAGUGCGGUCAGGAGGAGGCGAUUGCGGCCGAGUUCGAACAAAAAGUCGAGGUCUGUGAAGGAGAAGGAGAGAAGAAAGAGGAGGAGAAAAAGCACGAGGGCUUGCUCCAGAAGCUUCACCGGAGCAGUAGCUCCAGCAGCUCUUCGAGCGACGAGGAAGAAGUGGACGAAAAUGGGGAAAAGAAGAAGAAAAAGAAGGGUUUGAAGGAAAAGGUGAAGGAAAAAAUAUCUGGAGAAAAGAAGGAAGAGGAGAAGUGUGAGGACACGGCUGUGCCGGUGGAGAAGUUCGAUGAUGCCGAGGAGAAAAAGGGAUUUCUCGAUAAGAUCAAGGAGAAGCUUCCAGGCGGCGGCAAGAAGACGGAGGAGGUGGCUGCCCCGCCGCCGGCCGAGGAGUGUGCGGCCGUGCCGGAGGCGGAGGGGAAGGAGAAGAAAGGAUUAUUGGAUAAGAUAAAGGAGAAGCUCCCUGGGUACCACUCCAAGAGUGAUGAGGAAAAGGAAAAGGAGAAGGAAAAAGAGAGCCACUAAUAAAAGCAUGUGUUUUGGUUAUUUGCUGGCUUUUGAAAUAAUUUGUGUGCUUUUUUUGGGGUGUUUCUUUUGAUAUUUGGGUGGUUUGUUUUUAUGGGCUUGUGUUCAUUUUGUUUUUCCUUUCAUUAAAGUUUGUAAUUUAAAUGUUUAUGUAUGUGCUUACAUAUUUAUGCAUAUAUAAAAAGGGAAUUUGUGUUGUUUAAAGUAA